AUGAACUCAUCAAAGUUUCUGACCUGUCUAUCCCCAAACUUCCAACAAUCAAGCUUCCGCCAUUGCAUUCACAGAUACGAGAAAACUACGAAGAUGAGAGCCUUCCCUGUCAAGUUUGUUGGACUAGCGCUCUACAUAUAUGACCUACAGUCAGGCACAUUGACUUUUCUUCACGAACGCCCCAACAGGAAGCCAAAGGUAUAUGUACUGAAUGAGGAAGAUUUCGAAGAUGGCGUGGACGAAAUCGAUGACGAGACCGUCGCAAUACUGGAAUCAGGUCCCCCCGAGACAAGCGCCGUAGGACUGAGUCUACGACUAUUCAAGAACGAUGGAGCUCUCAGGAUAACCUUCGAAGGCGAGCAUGGCGGAGUCGUAGACUGGACAUUCCAAGGCUUAGAAAGCUCCAGAAUGGGUAGCAUGACUGCAUGUGCCUUCACGCAGACAAUGCCUGAGGCAUCGACAGGCUGCAGAGUCGUGGAAGGUGUGCCACCCGAAAUGUCGAUCGGCAGAAUCCAGACAGUGAGCACCGACCCCAUGCCGAAACGCAUCGUUCAGCCUCCAGCGUCUGGUCUUAGCAUCAUAUCGACAACGGAAACCCGCCCCGUCAAGCCUCCAAUCAAGCCUACGAUCACGCUCAAGCUUCCAAAGGAGAACCCCGAUCUCUUCUCGCCAACUGUCAACAAGGAGAUUGGCCUCAAACGCAAAGCGACAGAGGAAGUCGAGCAGCCGAAGCCACACAAACUCGCAAAGAGCUCACACAACUCUUCACCAUGGCCAUCUCAUCUGUACAUGACAUGUUUCCGUACAAAUCCUUUCUCCAAAUGCGAUGUCGGAACAUUGCAUAUCGACUUGGUUGAAGCCUGCGUCGGUUAUUAUAACUAUACCAAUCUUGCCGGAACAGACGGCUCUACUCACUCCCUUGACAUUUUCAAGCCAAACACGAGAAACCAAAAAAGUUACUUGUUUACCGCAGACUGCACCGCACCCGGAUGGCAGACAUGGGGUUCAGACAUGGAAACAAGGCCACCUCCCCGCGAUGUUCUCACAGCCAAGGAGAUAAGAGAGCUCAAAGAGGCCGGCAACAUACGCAAAAUACCAUCGUCUCUCCCCAUCGGGAUAACAACAAACAUCUCACCUACCGUCAUCGUCGAUGCGAUCAUCCACUGCAUUGACCGCACGUCAAAACGUCAACCUGUGCAUGACCCAGACACUGAUCAUAAGCUGUCAGAAGACAUAGAGCGCUACAUCAAACUUCGAAGAGACAGGUGUCUAACUUCAAAAGGGCGGGUUGACCUGGAGUUCACGGAAAAUGAAAUCGAGACGAGAGAGACCCGCAGGUGUUUUUACAGGACUGUGGCGGGUGAGGAAGAAGUGGACAAUAAGGCCAAAAGCGGUGGUUUCACGUAG